AUGGGGAUAUUUAAUUACAAAUAUUUAAAUAAUGCAAAGAUACAUGGAUUUGAUAAUUAUAAAUACAAUUGUAUAGAUAAUUCUCCUAUAUCUGUUUAUAUUUCUCAUCCAUUUUGGAAUUGGUUUGUAAAUUUUUAUCCAGUAUGGUUAGCACCUAAUGUUAUAACAUUGGUUGGUGCAUCUCUUGUUAUGGGUUGUUAUUUUUUAAUAUCAUAUAUGGACCCAUUUAUAACAAGAAAUUCUUUCAAUAAUCAAAAUGAAUCUCCAAUACCUAGUUGGUUUUGGUUAUUAGCUGCUGUUUGUACAUUUCUUGGACAUUUAUUAGAUGGUACUGAUGGUAAACAGGCUCGAAGAACAGGAGCUUCCGGUCCAACAGGUGAAUUAUUUGAUCAUGGAUUAGAUUCAUAUGCCACAAUUCCUUUUACAAUAACAAUAUUUUCCAUUUUUGGUCAAGGUAUCUAUUCAACAACACCUCAAAGAUUAUUAGGUAUACUAAUUUCUGUACAACUUGUUUUUAUUGUUACACAUUGGGAAAAAUAUAAUACAGGAGUAUUAUUUUUAUCAUGGGGAUAUGAUCUUUCUCAAUAUGGUCUUGUUUUUCUUUACCUAUUUACUUAUUUUAAUGGUUAUCAAUUUUAUCAAUUUGAACCAAUCAAAGGUUAUACAUUUGUUCAACUUUUUGAAGUUGGAUUUUAUUUAUCCUGUUUUGUAUCAUUUUUGAUGUCAUUUUAUAAUAUGUACAAAGCUUACUUUGUUCAAAUGUCUGGAAAACAAAAUAAUUUUUAUGAAUUUUCAUUACCAAUGGUAUCACCAAUAAUUUUAUUUACAUCAUCUGUUCUUUGGGCAAAUUUUUCACCAUCAAAUGUUAUAACCUUAUCACCACAUUUAUUUUUUUGGGCUGUUGGAACUGUCUUUUCAAAUGUGGCUGUUCAUCUUAUAAUUUCACAGAUGUCAUGUACAAGAACAGAAGUAUUCAACAAACUUACCAUCUUAUACUCUAUCAUUUCUUUUCUCAGUGUAUCUGGAGUAUUUGGUCAAUAUGAACUUGUUAUUUUAAAAAUAGCAUCACUUGUUUUUACAUUAUCACAUUUACAUUAUGGAAUAUGUCUAGUACAUCAAUUGUGUGAUCAUUUCAAGAUUAAUGCAUUUAAUCUAAAUUAUUUGAAUAAAAAUGAUUCAAAACACAGUCAGUUUCAUUAG